AUGAAACACAUGAAGAAGAUUGAGAUUGGAAAGUUUAUGAGGACUUGUUUGAAGAAGAUGAUGAAUUAUAGAAUCAAACAUAACUCAGAUCAUGAUCAAGCUUGCGAGUGCUGUUGUUGUUGGUGGUGGAAUGGUCAUGAUGUGUGGCCUUCUUCAUCUUCUCCGGCUUCCAUUCAUGGUGAAAUUAUGAUGAUUCCAAGAGAUGUGCCUAAAGGUCAUUUGGUUGUUUAUGUUGGUGAAGAUCAUAAGAGACAUGUUAUCAAAGUUAGAAUCCUCAACCACCCUUUGUUCCAAGCAUUGCUUGAUCUUGCAAGAGAAGAGUAUGAAUUCUCCAAGUCAUCCAAACUCUACAUCCCUUGCGAUGAGGGCAUGUUCCUCGAUGUCGUUAGGAUCGCUAAUUCGUCAAGGCAUCGUCGAGGGUUAUUCUCGUGAAG